AUGCCUUUGUUAGAAACCCCCUUAUAUUCACAGCUAGUCCGCCGUUUUCGGGACAUCCUUCCCACGGGACAGCCCGUUCCCGUCGCAGAAGUCACAGAUGGGCCUGUCCUCACCAGCACAGACGGCUCCACGAUACCACCACCCGCGCCAACAGAUCUCCCGUACCUGCCUCGGGACAUACGACCCACCAUCUUAGAAGCCAAAUUACACCCAAACACCAGGCAAAUCGUCGAAGAAUGCCACGCUUUCUUCCUGAAGCACUGGCCAUUCCCGUCCGACAAGCACAGAAAGCGCUUCUGUGAUGAGGGCUACGCAUGGUUCAAUUGCAUUUUGUGCCCCAUGGGCCUAGACGACCGCAUGGUCGGCGUGUGUAAGUUUCUAACGACCGGCUUCCUGAUCGACGACAUGCUGGAUCGCAUGUCCGUAGAAGAGGGAAAGGCGCACAACACCGUCGUCAUCGCGUGCUCCCGUGGCGAACGACUUCCCGACCGCGAGAAGCCCGCGCAGUGGAUCAUGUACGACCUUUUUGAGGAGUUCCGAGCCAUCGACAAGGCACUUGCGGAUAUGCUGCUUGGGUACACAAUUGACUUCUUCGAGGCGCAGACGGAUGCAGACCGGUCGAAACCGAAAAGCUUGAAGGAUUACUUUGAAUAUCGACAUGCGGAUCUCGGCAAAGGCUUCAUGUCAGGCGUCAUGUGCUUCUCUAUGGGCCUUCACAUGAAGCCCGCCGAGCUUGCCCUCGUGCAACCCCUCGAAAUGAACGUCAUGCGCCACGUCACACUUGUUAACGACAUCGCAUCCUACGAAAAGGAAGUCCUCGCCGCAGGCAAGGGCUUCGCGCUUGGACAGCUAUGCUCGGCGGUCCCCAUCGUAAUGACUGCGUGUGGCCUCAACGAGCAUAGCGCUAUGCGCGUCAUGUGGGAGACGUCAAGGGAGCUUGAACACCAGCACUUUGUGCUUCUAGAGGAGGUAACGAAGCAGUGCGAUAGCGAGGCGGUAAAGUUGUAUGCGAAGGGGCUGGAGUUUCAAGCUGCGGGCAAUGAGCGAUGGAAUUUAUUGACGCCAAGGUAUAAUCGAUCGGCUGGACUGCCGUUCGCCGAAGGGAGAAUCUGGGGGUGA